CAAAGUAUGUUGAACGUCUUCGUGGUGCUGACAAGAAUAUCGAGACAUUUCCAUGUCCUACAUGUCGCUCGGAGUUUACUCUCAAAUUAAACCAAGAUGUUGCUGAACUGCCAAGUAAUUAUUUCAUUAAGAAUAUGCUAGAAAUUAUGGCGAUUCAACGAAAAGCGAAAGCGUCUGCUGCGUGUUCACACUGCCAAGAUACUGCCAUUAAUCAGUGCGCAUCGUGCGAAAUGUUUAUGUGUAAGAAAUGCUCAGAGUGGCAUGAUAUUUGGCCUGCGCACAAAAAUCAUAAUUUGAUAUCUGUGGAGGAACUUAGCAAUCCUGAACAUCAAGUGAAAAUGAGAAACAAGCUUUAUUGCACGAAACACGAAGAUGAAGUACUCAAAAUAUAUUGCGAAACAUGCAAGGAACUUUGCUGUGUAGAUUGUAUGCUAUUAAAUCACACAAAACAAAACCAUUCGCUUGUGGCAGUGAACGAGAUUGCACAGAAGCAAAGAGAAACAUUGAAAUCAAGCUGCACAACACUUGAUGAGAAAUUAGCUGAAGGAAAGGAAGCGUUGAACAACAUUUGUGAGGUAAUGCAAUCUCUGGAAAAGAAUGCUAAAACUGCUAAGGAGCAAAUCAAAGAACAAAAGGAAAAUAUCUUGAAGAUUGUGACAGAAAAACUUGAUGAGCGAGCAGAGAAAAUAAAUGAUGACGUGGACAAGGUUUAUGGUGAGUUACACCCUGAACUGAGCAAACAACACGAUGAGAUUAAAGAUUAUCUUGAUAAAAUCCAAGCUUCAGCAUCCUUGCCAAGAAAUCUCCUAAAGAGAGGAAGUAUCGAAGAAAUUAUGUCAUCACAAAAAUUGAUUGAUGAGAAAAUUGAGAAGUUGAGCAAUCAACAACCAGAGAAUCUGGCCGCAGUGAAUGAUGGUAGUAUUCAGUAUGUACCAGACGACAUUGGUAAUAUCAAUGUUGAUGAAAUUGUUGAUAAGUUGGGAUAUGUGGAAG